AUGUGAAUCGAGCGUGACCAUCAUCACCACCAAUCCAUCGAUCGAGCAUUCGCGCGAGACACAUCCACAACGUUGCCCGCUCGCCCGCUCGCCCGCGAAACCCAUUCACACACCACUGCUCGCGCGCGCUCCCCCCGCUCGCCAUGCCUCCUCGCAGGGCAAAUUCGGCCGCUACGGGUGGAACACGUUUCGGCACCGCAUCCAAAGCGCGCAGCAGUUCCAGCAGUCAAGCAGCAGCAGCAGCGGCAGCAGGAGGAGGCAAGAGUAGCACCAAGUCAGCAACAAAUGCGGUGAUCAGCGCAGCCAAGGGCAAGGCGGGCAAGGGCGCCGGGAGUGCACGCGCUGGGAGUGCAGAGAUGGACACGACUAGUUCGGAUAAACAGAGGAGCUUUUCGAAUUUGGAAUUGGAAAAGGUCAAGGAUCUGCCUCACCUCGAUGUGGACGAUCCCGUGUAUGACCAGCUUUGGAUGGAGACGAGGAGGAAAUUGGGAAUGCCAGCCAUGAAGCCUAUUCACGUAGAAAAGGAUUCUCGAGUGCAAAUGAUGCUGCGCACAUUCGAUUUCGAUCCUCUUUUCGGCCCGGCACUAGGCAUGACCCGCUUGCAGAGAUGGCAGAGGGCACACAAUUUGGGCGACGAGCCGCCAGAAGAGAUCAGACAUAUGCUCUCGACCAAAGAGGGCGUACUCUGGCCCGAACUUCGAGAGCCGGUCUUGGCAGGUAUGGGCGUGUAGGGCCGGGGGGGAGAGGGGGCUGCUGUGUGUGGGCGUGUAUGCGGGCGUGCCGGCGCGGAGGACUUCGAUGGAUGCGUGCCGUGACGCCAUCACACGCGCCCGCGACACCAUCUCGACUUGCACACGCGCGCACUGCCAGCGUGUAUCUUGGAAUACAUGAGUGCGACCGUGAGAA